CAUGAAGGUUUCCCCUUCAAACACUGGGCGUUGUUUGUCGAGAACGAGAAACACCCUUCGAAAAGUUUCAUUUGCAAUGUUCAAGGUGACGCGGGAAGAUUCCGAUACGAACAGACAUACAAGAAUGCACACACUUCCACCACAUUAGUAGACAUUAUACACGUCGGCUACGUUCUUUCUAGCAACCUCAAGGCUUUGAGAGAUGUUGCAGAAAACAUCCCGAUUCAGAACAAUGAUCCAGCUUGGAAUUGCCAGGACUUUGCCUGGGCUCUUCUUGAAGAGCUUGCUGCUACGGGACUGGUUGAUCCUGAUGACGAAGCAUACAAAAAUGGCCGCAAAACCGUGUGGUCAAAAAUGGAGGGUCUU